AUGAAGGAUAAGGAAUCUACGGCUGAGGUAACUCCUCCGACCACGAGUAAAUCUCAAAGACGGCCGGUGGCCUGUAAGAGCUGCCACUCAUUGAAAGUUAAGUGUACGCCUUCCGACGAGAACGACCCAGCUGGACCAUGUUUGAGAUGCCUUAAUCUGAAGAGAAUAUGUGAGAUUGAUUUGAAUCAGCCGAGGAAAAGAAGAAAGAAGGCAACAGCUCCGAGCUCUCCAAACACACCAGUACCAGCUUCUGCAGCUAAAAAUAAUAAUAAUAAUCCUCAUGAUAGUGGUGCUAGCAUUAGUAGUAUUGGUAAUAACUAUGUUACCAGUAACAAUGGAUCCGUUGGAAUACCAAUCGGUAGCAUCCCAAGGCCCCCCAACUCAGAUGAACCGGCGCUUCCUCCCCCUCCCCCAUUUUCAACAUCAAAUCCACUUUCAUACAAUAAAGUUUCAAAUAUUCAAGCGCAGGAUCUCAAAGAUGAAGCUAUUAUAAGAUUAGAGGAGCAAGUGCGAUAUCUUUCAUCUGAAUUGGAAAGCGCUAGACGUAAUAAUAUCAAUACACCUCCUCAACAUCAUUUCAAUGCUAACCAACUGCAUUUGUCCCAGAAUUCCAACCCGUCUAUGUAUGUCUCCAAGUCGGACCUACAAAGAGAAAUAACUCAUCUAUGCGAUUCUUCCAAUAACGUACUUACAGAUUUAACCACAUCUUUCAAAAUUGCAGCUGACCGAAGGUUUACAUUGUUAAGGAAUUCGAACAGAGUAGAUAUGGUAAGUUCGGGUAUCAUCACCAUGGAGGCUGCAACAAAAAGACUACAUUUGUACAAAACAAAGAUUUACAGGCGUCACCCUAUUGUAGAAGUUGAUGAGAAUGCCACGGUAGCCGAUCUUCAAGAGACUAAGCCAUUUUUGCUCAAUGCAAUUAUGUCUGUUACAAAUGCUGUAUACGCCAGACCAUUGGACUCGGACGAAUCUUUGGCAAUUGAUAAUGCUGCUAUUCAAUCAAUUACCACUGAAGUUUUGGUUGCAGGGUCGAAAUCUGAAGAAUUAAUAAAAAGUUUACUUUUGUUGUGUCAUUGGUACAAUACUCCUGAGCUUUUCAGAAGAAGACGCUAUCAUCUCUUGAAUGUCCUAUGCGUAACCUUGGUCCAUGACCUAGGCAUAAUUGGUAAACCAAGUUAUAACUUCGCCAAUAAGACAUUAUCAGUAGGGAAGUCUUCAAACGGUGAAGAUGAGGAAAAUGCUCAAACUUUUGAGUAUAGAAAGCUCAUAAUGGUCUUAUAUUUCUCAACUGUCAGUAUAUGUCUUAUCUUACGAAGAACCAUAUAUGUCAAAUGGACUCCUUACGUGGAAGAAUCGUGUACCGUUUUGGAAAAUUGUGGCGAUAAAACUUUGGCAAACUUGGCAUUGUUUCUGAGAUUAACUCAUCAGUUGGAUAGGAUUCAUCAUAUCCUUCAUGCUCCCGACUUCCCUGCAGCUGCAUCUUCAUCUUUAAAUGCUCUGACUUCAUCAAACUCUUUGAAUGCGAAUAAAAACUCUGCAUCAUCAUCAUCAUCAUUUUCAGCUGACAAGUACGUUACUAAGGAACUUCAAAAAAAUCUAAAUAUUAUAAGGGAAAAGAUUGAUCCAAAUGAUUAUCCAUUUAUGGCAUAUUAUUAUUCCGUCGAAGCUUAUUUGCAUGAACCUAUGUUAGGACAUUUAUUAUCAACUACAUAUGAAACGGAAGGAAUUAGCGAAGGACGUGCUAUCAAUAUGCUGCCAGAAGCAGUUCAAUCAAUUAGUACAUGCACAAACUCUUGUUUGAACGCAUUAUAUCAAUUUAAUCAAAUGCUUCCUGAUGAAAUUGCAACUAUGCCAUUAUAUCAUAGUUCCCGUAUUCUUUAUACUGCGGGUAUGUUGCUUAGACUAAGAUAUCUUAUUUUGUCAAUUCCACUGCACAUUGAGAAAGACCUCGUCCCACAAACAGCAAUAACUGCUAUUCAAAAGCUAAGCGGCUUAGUAGAAAUUGCUUCAAAUAACUAUCCAUACAAUCACUUUUUGAAGAAGGUUAGACUUGUAUUGUCGUUGUUCACUCAAACAUAUGCUACACAGGUGCAGGAAUUGUUAAUGAAUUCAACAAAUGGAGAAACGCCUGAAAACUUUAGGCCGUCCUUGAGUAAACCAGAUCAAACUGAGGUUUCCAAAAUAUUUGAUCAGAUGCCUAAAGGUGGAGUCCUUACCAAUGAACUGGGUAAAUAUUUUGCCCAACAUAUCCCAUUGGAUGUAUUAUCGUAUGCAGCAUCAGUUCGGAGUUCCAGUUCUAACAAUUCGCCUGCAAGCAGCCCUGGAAACAUUUACCCAUCUUCGCAAGCACGGCAAACAAAUAGCCAUGCAUCUUCUACUAAUGGUGAGCUUAAGCCUUCUAAUGUUGACUCUCUGAGACGAGAUUCAAAUCCAAUUCCAGUAAAUACUGCACUGUUAUCGCCAGCUCAUGGCAGUACAAGAUCAUAUCCAAGUAACUCUUUACCUCCCAUUAACGGGCAUAGGCCAAAGCAUUUUGGUUCCAUACUAAAUCCAAAUUAUCAAGUUCUGUCAAACAAUGGUAAUGGAAACCAUGAAAUGUAUGGUGGGGUAGCGCAACAAGAUCUGCAACUACUGCAAGUACAGCAACAGCAACAGCCACAGCAACAACAACAACAACAACAACAUCACCAUCACCAUCCACAACAACAACAACAACCUCAACCUCAACCUCAACAACAAUUUCAAAAUUUGGCAAAUGCAGACCAGCUAGAAUCGUCUUAUUUAGCAUUGAACGAUGAAUUUUGGUCUGAUAUUUUACUUAGAACAGAUUCCGAUAAGAUUAACUUUGGAAGUGGUAUGAAUAACCCUGAAUUAUUCUUUUUAUGA